AACUCUUGGACAAAGUAGUAUUGUGUAGGAAAAUAUAAUUUCUUGCUUAUAAGCAAUAAAAAAUACUGGUGUUGGUAAGCAGUCUAUAGAAGUAAAUAUGAUAAUUCUACUACUCACGAUAAUAUCAGGUCUUUUUUGCACAGUUUGGGUCGUGGCAGUAAAUGAGGUAUCGUAUUCAUUCAAAUAUUCUGUGGACGAACCGAAACUAGGCAUAGUGACCCAUCAUUGGGAGGAAAGAAAUGGUGGAAAAGUACGUGGAGGCUACAGCCUCUUAGAACCAAAUGGAAAAGUCCGGGUGGUUGAAUACCAAGUAGACGGAAACAAAGGAUUCAAAGCAUUCGUGACAUUUAGAAGACCUCCAGUUCGUUGGACAUCUGAAGUUUCCAAACCAAUACCAAACACCGAUUCGCCUGGCGGAGCCCGUGGGCCUCAUAACACCCGACCUUUUGGUGGCAAAGAAAACCUACCCGAAUUUACCGUAACCACUAACAUUUAUUCUAAAUUGCUUAAAAAGUACAAAAACAUGGUAUGCAAAUUCAAUUACGACGUACGUGAAGAACGAUAUUCUAUAAUUCCCUGUAAUUGGCGACGAUGGAAGCUUGGGGCGCUUCGAAAGAACCAAUAAAAUGUUUUUUUGAUUGAUGGUUUAAUAUUCUCGAGCAGUCUUAUUUUCCCCCCUUUGUGGAAUUAAUUCACCCGCCCGCAGAAAUGAAGUAUAAUUUAUGUACAUUUUCAAGGGUUUGUCAAUAUGAUAUACAAGUAA